AUGCCAUCAUCAUCGUCUACGAGUACCUCCACGACUACAAGUACCAACCGUACUUCUAUAAGUAGUACAACCAUCCAAAGACUCUUUCGGAACAACAGCAAACGAGGCAUCGAAGCUGCCCUCACGGCUCCUUCCGUUCAUGUUUCCAUGGUCAUGACCACCGUUUUGGUCUUUUGUACCUACAACGGAUUGAAUUGUCUUUUACUGUCACCUCUCAAUCCCAUUCGAUGUGCCUUCUUUCACACCACUGCUUUGGUGGACGAAACAACUUGCUCUCCCAAUCAUGCUGAGAUGGUCACGCAGUUGGCACUGGCCAAAUUCCACACCACCCUACUUCUCUCUAGUUUUGCCGCUUCUGCCAACGGAUUUGUCUGGUUGGAAACCAAAAUUGGAUUCCUCACCGUCUUGAUCAUCCUGGCGUAUUUGGUGGGAGGCAUGAUGGCAUCUAGCACCCUCCAAACCGAACUGGCCUCCUUUCAAGCCGUCAUUUUGAUGGGUACCCUCGUCGUAUUGCUCUUUUGGAUUGCCGAAUCCGAAUACCACCCGCCGGGAUCAGCCUACUUGCACAAUAGUGGUGCCUAUCGAUCGCGAUCUCUGUCUCAUCGCACCAAAUGGUCUAUGCCUACCGUGACCGUGGCCAUUCAGUUGGUGCAGUCCAUGAUACAACUGGCCAUUCCAAAAAGUAAUGAUGCACCGCCACAAGCACUACGGAUGGAAACCCACGACCAGCAGCGCAUGGCGGAGACUAUUGCUAGUUUGACAAUUCUAGAUCAAACGAUGGUUCCACUCAUCUUUCUGUUUGCACUCUUGUUUGGACAAGUGCCACAGCAAAAGGUAAUCCUCACCAGUCAUGUUGUGGCACUCUUUGCUGGCAUGCUACGAUUGGAGGAGGAUGCACGGUGGACCAUGAUGGGCACAUUUAUAAAUAUCGUGCUGUCGGCGGUGGGUGGUGGUGCGCUGGUGGUUGUCCAGUGA